UGUGUAUCGCACGGUGUGGUUGUCAUGGAGAGUUUUCCAUGUGAUGGACACACUGGUGAUGAGAAAAGAAGAAAGAGACACGCCAACCUGUGAAUUUAGUGGCCUUGACAGACCCUCGCCCCGAAUCACAGCGUCACCACUCUCCACCUUCUACCGCUCCAGCCCCGAGGCCAGCCCCAUCAUUCCUGAGACACAGGUUCUUCAUGAGCACACAGCCAUUCCUGGGAGUGAUUUAGACUUGAUUUACUUGAGCUCACGUGCUUCAGCCUACAAACCUGUUCUGAAGGUCAUCUUGACCCAGUCCAGUGUGCCCUUCGGCUUGGCUCGGGUCCACCUCAUG